AGGAAGUGGGGCUAUAGAAUUACACUGUAUCAUAAUUAAUAUGCAGGACACUGCUUAACAGUAACACACAUAUCGUCUAGUCAUUACACGUAGGGAGGAUAGGUCAUUAUAACAUACAUGUUCGUUCACCAGAAGUUAGAAUGUCUACGACAGAGCCAACAGAGACGAGUACCAUCAAAUGUGUUGUGGUCGGGGAUGGGGGUGUCGGGAAAACCUGCAUGCUGUACAGUUACGCAUCCAACAAGUUCCCGACCUCUUACGUCCCAACAGUAUUCGACAAUUACACCGUUGACGUGUUGAUGUCCAAUCGUCGGCUACAACUAGGACUCUUUGACACAGCUGGUCAGGAUGUCUACGACAAGAUCCGGAUCUUGACAUACGCCGGAACUGACGUCAUCCUGUGCUGUUUCUCCGUGAUAAACCCCGUAUCGUACCAGAACGUCUCCGAGACAUGGAUCGAGGAACUGCGGCGGCACGCGCCUAAAUCUUGCCCAAUCGUCCUUGUGGGUACUCAGAUUGACCUCAGGGAGGACCAAGAUACCUUAGACAAUUUACAAAAGAAGAAGCUUCGGCCGCUGAGUACGGAGCAGGGCGAGUCUCUUGCCCGGCGGCUGAAGGUGCACGCCUACGAGGAAUGUUCCGCCUUGACGCAGAAGAAUCUCAAGGCCGUUUUCGACACGGCAAUAGUCGCGGCUCUAAACCCGGUGAAAAAGAAGGAUAAGACGAACAUAUUCACAAAGUGCUUCAGUCCUGAUCGAUGAUAUAAUCAUCACUCACAGAUGUAGAGUUGUUGCAGGGUUUUCAAAAAACGAUUCUCGUAAUCGGAUUUUUCAAAAGAGAAUGAUCUGGUGCAAAGCACCGCCGAGUAAAUAAAAGGAAUCUCCUAACUUUGGUAGGGCCUAUUAUCGUUACGAUACUGCCAUGAACGCUGUAAUCUAUAGGCUGUAUUCUUGUAGUGUGUAAAACUUGAGAUUUUUCGUUGGGAAAGUGUCACAAAUAAACACUUUUCUUCACUCAUUGGAUAUGAGGACACUGUACUGGUUUCUUUCAAGUUACAUCCUGGUCUAGAAGUUGGAAAUGUUCCAGGAUGUCUGGGGAACAAAGGAUUAUAUUGUGUCUUUGAAUCCCUUAGCUUCUGACGGUCAUGGCCCCAAUAUAAUCAGAACAAUAUAUGUAUGUACCACAAUCCGUCAGAACACAAUAGGGCCCGACACUAUUUCCAGAGGGACAUUUUCUGCUUCUGCAUCGGCCCUGGUUUUGACUUUGUCCUGAUGAGGCCAAUUUUGUAAGAAUGGAAACUACAUUGGAACCGCUGAGGUCUCUGUCCAUGCAAGCUAAAGCUGAUUUGUUGUUACAUGUUGUCAUCACAACGGGGCUCCAUUAUUUUUCUACACCUUUCCAUAAAUUGGACGAACUGGUGCUAGGAACUGUAUUGUUAUAUUUGUGCAAAUAUAUUUGAUAAGGUGUUUGAUAGUUUGUCCGAGAUGGGUCGCUGUUUUCGAGGAUAGAUCUCUCAAGAAUAGAUUUUCGUAGUACAA